AUGAACGCAAAUGCCAAUAAGUUUGAACACCUGCCAAGAGGACCGAUAGGUAUGCAUAUAAAAAUCCGCGAUCGGAGGUGGGCAUUUGCCAUCGAAGAAGCCACUCGCCGUCUGCUGACAUCAUUCGUGUUCAAUUCAAAACGGGAUCAUCAAGUUUUUGAACGCCUCAUGAGGAGUAACCGGAUAGGUGGAGCUUUGCCCAAUGCGAUAUUUGCCAAGUUCAAUAUUCCUCCUCAUGACGUUAGUUUUAACGAGCCAUCUUCUGAAUGGGACACUAUACUGCGAAUGAUUGACGUUAAAGAUUCAGUUAUCAGAAAUGUCCUGAUCGAUAUGGCAUCGGCAGAAGGCACCAUUCUUCUCAAAACAGACGAAGAUGCUCGUCGUAUUAUGGAUGGCAUUUGCCCUGAUAAAUGCACCCGAGCAUACACCGCAACCGGUGGCUUGGCUAUGGGCCGAAAUCGACGUGGAGAAGGCUUCUACCGUUUCUAUGCCUGUCGCCGCCCUCCGAGAACUGUUUUACUUGCAGAACAAGGAACUGAAGCGGACGUUGACGCUAUGAAAACCGAACUGACACGAUUACAAGGUGAACAGCACCGGUUACAAGGCGAGGUUACGGCGGCAUCCUCCGAGGCUAAUAGAACCCAGUUCGAACUUGACAAGGCUCUGCAAAAGUAUACCACCAUAGAAGCCGAUCUGAAUAGGCUGAGAAGUCAAUAUCGAUCGUUGGAACGGAAGUUAGAACAGCUCGAAAUGGAUGACGAUUACUCAGUGGUAGAUAAUAUGGUACGUCUCAGACUGUGA